AAGUAGCUUUGAGUAAAUGAAUAGGCGACCAUCCACUUUUCACCAAGAUUCACCAUGUAUCGGUUGUGUUGGGUUUGUGUUCUGUAUUUCCUGAAUGCAGUCCACAGUUUCCCUGACUUUUUAUUUACCGUGCCUGCCUCAAUCUACAAAGGGGAAGAGUUUGAUUUUUGUGUUUCCUUUCCUGGGAGUUCCUUUGAUGGCGCAGUAGAAGUCAGAGUGGAUAUGAUUCUCGGAGAAACAGAGACUGUGAACUAUCCACCUCAGACUUACCUCAGUGUUUCUGAUGCUAUCAGUUGCCGAAAACUACGUGCUCCUAAACAAGAAGGAUUCUGGACUUGUAAUGUCACAAUGGAUGGUCAUGGAAUCUAUGCUCAUAAACUAUCACCCGGUUUUCCCUCCAGAGACAACCACAGCGUCAGCUAUGAACAACAUGUUAAUGUAAGAUCUCGUCGACAGGAUCCAGAUAUAACCCUGAUACAGACGGACAAACCUUUGUAUAAGCCAGGGCAGUCAGUAAAGUUCCGGAUUAUGCGAUUGAAGGCUGAUAACAACUUGCUUCCUGACACAGACAAGAUCAAAUGGGUCUACAUUGAGAAUCCCAGUAACAUACGCGUCAUGCAGUGGAAACAAGUUCCUACAUCUAAAGGUAUUGCGAGUCUGGAGAUGUUGUUGUCAGAUGAUCCGCCAUUGGGAACCUGGAUGAUCAAAGCUAUCUACAAUGAUAACAAAGAAUAUACAAACACAUUCUCUGUGGAGGAAUAUGUUUUACCGAAAUACGAAGUGACCAUCACACCACCCUCUUAUUUACUGACCACCUCACCAACUAUUGAUGCCAAAGUCUGUGCCAAGUAUACCUAUGGUAAACCGGUCCAGGGUCAGCUAGCUGUCAAAAUCUGCUACAAAUCUACUUACUAUUACUUUGGAAUGCGGUCAGGGGUUCAAUUUGAAAGACCAUGCACUGAAAGGCUCUUAGAGAUCAAUGGAUGUACAAUGGUAUCCGUGAAUUCAUCAGAAAUCUACCUUAACUCCAAACGAUUCAACAUCUGGGGGAAACUGAAGAUCAAUGCCACAGUUACAGAGGGAGGAACUGGCGUCACGUUGCAUGGCGAAUCAAGUGGACCUAGGUUGACAACCGAAUCCUGUAAACUUGAAGUCACGGAUGACACUGAUGGAUUCUUUAAGACAAUGUUCCCCUACCGCGGGAAGGUCAUAGCAAAAAAUCCUGAUGGUAGUCCAGCCUCCAACAAGAGUAUAUCCAUUAGAGCUUCUAGUUACCAGCUGUACUUGUGGCGUCUAGGUCAGAAUGUAACGACAAACGACCAAGGUGAAGCUACAUUCAGCAUCAAAGAUCUACCAAAUAACAUCACCACAUUUUCUAUAGAGGCAAUCGAUGCAGAUGUAACGUACAAAGAUGACAGCCUUUUUCACAAUCUUGCACCAGCCACUGCCUACAAAAGUGUAAGACGAUGGUACUCCCCCUCCGAUAGCUAUAUACAGAUAGAAGAUAAUCAGCAACCACUGGCAUGUGGCAAGGAUGUCCAUCUAGAUCUACUUUAUUCUACUCCAAAUGACACAAAUUAUAACUUUUAUAUAAUGGUCAUGUCCAGAGGACGCGUGAUUUACACAACAAAUAAAAGACACAUGUUUUCAGAAGAAGAUGCCGUUUUGCUGACCCCAUCUGAUCCUGACCAGUAUCUAAAAAUACAACAGGUCCUCACAACAACACCACGUCCUAGAAGAACAAGAAAACCAAGACCUUCUCCCAUACCAAAGUUUGAUAAUGUGACACUGAGCCCCCAAACUCCCGUGACAACAGAGCGUACAACCCCUAUACCUAUACUGUCCCGCAAACGUCGAAAUACCAAGUCAUGUAAAGACAAUAGUGGGAAAGUUUUUGAUAACGGGUCAAACUUUGCUCCCAACAUAUCGAAUCCAUGCUGGAUGUGCGACUGUGUCAACGGAGCUGCCAAGUACUGCGCUAUGGCAAUGUGUGAUGAACCUCCCUGCAGGAACUACAAGCUCAUUGAGGGAACUUGCUGUGGCUUUACAUGCCCUGACUAUUAUUAUGAAGAUACCGGAAGCUGUGUUGAUCAUAGUGGAAAAACUAUAAAUAAUGGAGAGUUGUUCUCCACAAACCGAACUGACCCUUGUCAUAUGUGUACGUGUGAGAACGGAGUAGAAGCUAACUGUAACUAUAUCUACUGUAAUGCCCCUCCCUGUGAAAAGUACGAGUUAGUGGAGGGAACUUGUUGUGGCUUUAUUUGCCUUGAUGAGGAAAACUCAGGAAGCUGUAUCGAUCAUAGUGGAAACACAGUAAAGAACGGAGAUAUUUUCUCUCCAAACCGAACUGACCCUUGUCAUAUGUGCACGUGUGAGAAUGGAGUAGAGACUAACUGUAACUAUAUCUACUGUGAUGCCCCUCCCUGUGAAAAGUACGAGUUAGUGGAGGGAACUUGUUGUGGCUUUAUUUGCCUUGAUGAGGAAACCUCAGAGAAAUUGACUUGUGUUGAUAACCUGGGGAACCCUGUGCCUGAUGGAUCCAAAUUCACAGACUCCUUAGAUCCUUGUCUAGAAUGCAGUUGUAACAAUGGAAAUGUAAACUGUGAAUAUCAAAUGUGCAAACCCCUGAAAUGUCGUAAUUUCCAGUAUGUUGAAGGAACUUGUUGUGAAGUCAUUUGUUUUGAUGAUAUUAUUACAAAGAGCAGUUUCAUUGGCCGUGUUCAGAUAAGCAUCCCCAUAACAGCCAGAUUUGCACCUGAAUCUCGGAUCAUUAUUUAUUACAUAAGGAGUGAUGGUGAAGUGGUUUCCAGUAGUAAAACUCUACAAGUGGAAAAAUGUUUUGACAAUAAGGUAAAAAUGGAUUUUCUCAACAAGUCUGUCAGGCCUGGGAGUAAUGCGACUAUCCGUGUUUCAGCAGACCCCCAGUCCUCUUGUUCUAUUGGUGUUGUGGACAAAAGUAUAGAUCUUUUGAAAGCUGGGCACCAGAUGACUAAAAAAAAGUUUUACAGUUUACUGACCACAGAAUCGAGCCAUUUCCAUUAUUAUCCAAGGGCAAGGGACUGCAACAGAAACAGGAAAAAUACAAAUAUAAACUCUUUUCCUGAAUUGUUAAGAAACCCAUCAGAUAUUCCUGUAGACUCUUACAGAACAUUUCAGACUUUUGGAUUACGAGUUUUCACAAAUUUGAGAUUGGAGACCAGACCUUGUAUUGAUUACAUUUAUCCCGAAGUUAUGUAUAAUAGAGUGGAGGCUGUUAUCGAUUCUGAAAUGCCAUCUGCAGGCAAUACUGCUAAUGAAAAAGUCCGAAGUUUCUUCCCCGAGACGUGGCUAUGGGAGAUAGACCUCAUCGGAGAUUCAGGAGAAAAUACUCUGGUACGGACGAUUCCAGACACCAUUACAGAAUGGAAAGGAAACGCCAUAUGUUUAAACACUGUUUCUGGGCUUGGAAUCUCUUCAGUUUCCAGUAUAACAGCAUUCCAGCCGUUCUUUUUAUCUUUCACACUUCCAUAUUCAGCAGUCCGGAAUGAGGUGGUCCCUGUUCUUGUGACUAUAUUCAACUAUUUAACAGAAUGUCUAGUGAUGAGGGUGACGUUAGUGGCCUCCAAAGAGUUCAGAGUCCAGAGUGCUGCCUAUAUGCGGACACGGAUAUUGUGUGUUUGUGGUGGAGAGUCAGAGACUUUACGUUACCUCAUCACUCCUCUCAAGAUUGGCAAAAUCAGCAUCCAAACACAGGCUGAGUCUAUUGCCGAUGAUGGGACCUGUGGUAAUAGUGUUGUCAGUAGGGAGGGUUCGGGAGUGUUCGAUGCAGUCCGACGGGAACUCCUUGUCGACGCAGAAGGAAUAGAACAGGAAUACACUUAUUCUUCAUAUUUGUGUCCCACAGGUGAACCAAGUUUAACAUUGACAGAGAAAAUCAAGUUACAAGUUCCAACGAACAGAAUUCAAGAUUCGGAGAGAGGGGUAGUCAAUGUUAUUGGCGAUGUGAUGGGACCUGCCCUUACAAACCUUAAAGACUUACUAAUGAUGCCGUAUGGCUGUGGAGAACAGAAUAUGGCCUCCUUUGCGCCAAAUAUAUUUGUUUUACAAUAUUUCUACAAUACAAACCAAGAUGUGAGCAUGAUUUUGGAGGAUGCCUUGAGAUAUAUGAGAGUGGGUUAUCAGAGACAAUUGAACUACAGACAUUCUGACGGCUCAUACUCUGCAUUUGGUGAAAAGGAUGGAACUAGCGGAAGUACAUGGCUGACAGCCUUUGUUGUAAAGUGCCUUGGUCAGUCUAAGAAAUAUAUCGACAUAGACGAAGCAGAUCUGAAUACCAGUAUAGCAUGGUUCAGGUUAAAGCAAGAUGAGUUGGGAUGUUUUCCUAAAGUUGGCUACACACACAGCUAUUACUUAAAAGGAGGCUGGGGUAAAGGGAAUGAUUCCGAGGGAACACUGACUGCCUUUGUCUUGAUUGCCAUGCUGGAAGCUGGUCUCCCAAAAUCUGAUCCUGCAGUACUUGGUGCUUUGCGUUGUCUCGAUCUCCAAGAAGUGACGGACACUUACAUGUUGAGUUUGAUGGCCUAUGCAUACUCCCUUUAUGAUGUCCGAUCUUCUAGGAGACUAGAAAUCAUGGCAUUGCUGCGGUCUAAACUGAAAAGACAAGGAGAGGAUAUGGUAUACUGGUCACGUGAUGACUCUAAACCUAACAAUGAGAAUCAGAAUCCUUGGGAAUCAUUCUACCGCGCACCCUCGGCAGAAGUGGAAAUGACUUCUUAUGCAUUGCUGGCAUAUACUGUUGGGAAUCAGCCUGAAGCUGUCAUUAAUGCUAAACCAAUAGUUAUGUGGCUCAGCAAACAAAGAAACGCUCAGGGAGGAUUCAGUUCCACUCAAGACACCAUCAUCGCCUUACAGGCACUUUCCGUGUAUGGAAGCUUGGUGCAUCAAGGAGGCAUUGAUAUUAGUGUUGACAUCAGUGGACAGAAAAUGUCCAGAGCUUUUAGUAUUAAAGAUGAAAAUAAACUUGUUCUACAAACUAGUCCUAUACCUACUAUACCCAAUGAACUGACCGUAACGGUAAAAGGAGUAGGAUGUGCAUUAGUUCAGGCGAAUGUGAAAUACAAUACUCCAAAAGCAAAGGCACAAUCCGGAUUUUCUGUAAAGGUGUCCACACACAGAUCCAAGUAUGUAGCAAAUAGCUGCGCUAAAAGAAGUAUCAUCAUCUGUGUCAGCUACAAUGGAGCCAGUAUACAGACGAAAAUGGCGAUAGUGGAAGUUAAAAUGCAGACAGGAUGGAUACCCGUCAGACAAACCCUUGAUAAGAUCUUAUCGAGUGAAAUCAAGAGCACCAUAGGUUUACAUAGAUAUGAAAUUAAAGGAAAUGUUGUGCACUUUUACUUUGACUAUUUUGAUGCCCAUAGGAGAUGCUUUCUGUUUGAUGUAGAGCAAGAAAUUGAACUAAGAGAUCCUAAACCUGCCUAUGUCAAAGUUUACGAUUAUUACGAAACAGAUUCUUCCAGGACAGUGCAAUAUGACAUGAAGACUAUUUGUGGUACAAAGGAGGAGUUACCCUUCCUUACACCAGAGGAAUAUGACAGUUUGAUAAUGGAUCCUGAUAGGAAUACUUUUCAAAUCCGAGUACCCUUAGAAAGAAUACCUGGUCCCCCAGGCAUACAGUCUUGCCCUGUUUGUGAAGAUUCUCUAGAUACUAAAGCUCCAAAUUUCACAGAACUGGUGUGCAAAUCUGCGAGAAUAUUCAAAGUCAGGACAGCAAAGAGGGAUGGUGUGAAAUACUCCAUGAAAUUGUAUGCUGAUAUGAAGCCAAGCAAGAAAGCGUACAUUGGAAAAUUUGUAAACCACAAAAUACACAAGCCCUGCUCUUGUUCGAUUCUAGAAAAGAAAGACAAGAAGUUCCUGAUAUUUGACACUGCAGAUAGAUACAGUGAAUCUGAAAAAGAACUCCGAUUGACCCAGUCUUCAACUGUUGUCACGUGGACAAAAGACUUUGAACGCAUGGUGUUCCGCAAAAACAAAACUUGCUAACAGAUAUGUUUGUUAUCAGUCUAUAUUACUGUACACUGUCUAUGAGAGCGUUCUUGUUUUCUAUAUUGUAUAAAUGAGUCAUUGAAAGCUUAUCAGAGUUGUAUCACACAGCAUUGUCUCUGUCUCCAUUAUUGUAACAAUAAAGUUUAUCAUACCA